AUGUUGUCAGAACAAUGCAGUGCUGUGCUGAACAAGAAACUACCACCGAAGCUAAAGGAUCCAGGGAGUUUCUCUAUCCCUUGUACUGUUGGCCAAUUGUCUUUUGAAAAAAUUUUUCUAGACUUAGGCACUAGUAUAAAUCUAAUGCCAUAUUCAGUUUGUAUGCAGCUAGGUCUUGAAAAGGAGUUACAACCAACUUCAAUCACUCUUCAAUUGGCAUAUCGAUCCAUAAAAUUCCCAAGAGGCGUUAUAGAGGAUGUUCUUGUCCAAGUGGAUAGGUUCCUACUCUCGGCGGACUUCAUUAUUCUAGACAUGGAGGAAGAUAGGGACAUACCAAUUAUUUUGGGUCAACCUUUCUUAGCUACAGCAGGAACUAUCGUGUAUGUGAAAAAGGGUUGUUCGACAAUGACGGUAAUUGUAUAUCGUAAUCAUGCAACACUCAAAUAUUUGCUAUCGAAAAAGGACUCUAAGCUUAGACUAAUUCUUUGGGUAUUGUUGCUUCAAGAAUUUGAUUUAGAGAUAAGAGAUAAAAAGGGGGUGAAGAAUAUUGUCGCAGAUCACUUAUCUCGUAUUGCUCAAACAAAUGAAGGUGAACAGUUAGUCCUUCCCUUGGAUGAAACUUUUCCAAAUGAGCAAUUAAUUGCCAUGCAAAGUGAAGUACCUUGGUAUGUAGACAUAGUGAAUUAUCUUGCACAAGGUAUCAUUCCAAAGGGCUGGACUCAUCAACAAAGAAAAAAAUUCUUGUCUACAGCCAAGCACUACUUUUGGGAUGAGCCUUACUUGUACAAGUACUAUGCAGAUCAAGUCAUUCGAAGGCUUGGCAAUAUAUCUCAGAGGAAUGAAAUGCCGCUCCACAAUAUAUUGGUGGUAGAUAUUUUUGAUGUUUGA